AUGGAGAUUUACCGGGCCCGAACUUGCCGAAGUUUCAACUGCUGCAAUCAGGGGGCAGUAAAGUCCAAGAAGGUGGUGCUGACUGCUGGGACAACAAGUAUGGAAACCAGUCGAGCAGAGGAGUUGCAAGUUUCCCUCACAAAUGCCGUGAGGGUAGCAGCUGCCGACAGCAUGCAGCAGGGCUUGACGGUAUUCCUUUCAUACUCGGGGGAGCACCGCAAAACACUCUGCAGAGCUCUUAAGGAAGUCCUGAAAGACAGCAUCGCUGACGUGGAGAUUGAGUUCAAUGCGUUCAUUGAGGAAUCUCCGAUGUUGGGUAAACUGAGAGAAGUGGACAAAAUGUGCCGAAAUGUAAGCUCCAGGGGGGUCGUUGCCCAGCCGUUGACGCCCCCCCCCGAGGCCCUCGUAUCGUGGGAGACAAUAGCGACAAAGGCACGCGAAAAGGAGCAUCUCAAGAGCAUCUUGGCAGAAGCACUAAAGGAGAAUCGAGCGCUGUCCGCCCAGUUGGAGCAGAAGAAAGCGGAGGCCGCCGAGCUGGCCGACGGAAUUGCUACCAUUGGUGGGAAAUACAAGGAGGUGCAAGAGAGGGAUGCCAGGUGGCAGUCGAGAAAAGUGCUUACCACUUAGCCAAGCCUUAGCUUUCAUAAUCGAUGAGAGUCACACCUUCUGGACAGUCCGCCAAGAUUGCUGUAAUUAAUACAUUUACUGAACAUUUCGACCUAGACAUUUGCACCAUACGACUGCACCGAGCAGAAUGAUUGUACAUUAGAAGGUGCAGACCGUCGGAUGCAUGUACUUUUGAACAUCAUCCGGUGCUUCACAAACGGUGCAUGGCGGUUUACGCUGCGUACCUUUGCUGAUUCAACAAUACAUUGUGCUAGUCUACAUUUCAAGCUAUCCAUGCUCUGCUG